AGGACUUGUUUACUGGCGGAGAAAAGAGACGGAAAGAGGGGGAACCUGAGGGAGAGACACCGCUACACGGACCGGGAAUACAAGUUUUUUACACUAAAGUCCUUUUUAUGUGUGUUUACCUCAUCGUUUUUCGGGAAUACUGACUUUGUACGCGCGUGUGUGUGUGUUUUUUAAAUAUUUUAUUUUACAUUUUAACACCGAGCUUGUUUUCCCCCCACGUUAAUCUGGGAAAAAGAAUCGGGGCGGCGUGGUGGGAGAGUUUCCUCACUUUAUUUUGAACGCGUUUUUUCCUCCUUGUUCACGGUGCAUGGGGGAAAGGAGAGGGGAAACCACCCCUAAAUUCUUUGUUUUCCUUCUCCCGUUUGGUCGUUUCAUGGCUGUCGGGUGGUGGUGGUGGUCAGCGAGGGUGAAGGAGUUCAGAGGAAGGUCGUAGUGGGGAAAAGCUGCACGUUUUUCCUGCACGUAGCUCCUCUUCCUGGGAUGUGUUUCCAUCUGAGAUACCAGCAACCAGGGGGGAUAUAAAGACCUGUGGACUUCCAAACUCCUGAUAUUUGCUUUGCAUUUAGGUUCUGGGUGAUAUCCAGCUGCAGGAACUCAAGAGGACGUUUUAAAACACAGUGCAGAGGGAAAAUACUUGUUUUUGAAGUCCCUCAUUGGAGCAGUGCAUUACAAGGGAAUUAACCCAAGGGCCAGUGGAUCUCCUCCAAACAAGCCCCCCCCUGCCUGCUGGAUCCUAACAAUACUGUUAUUUCUCACCACAAUUAAACAGAUGAACGUGGACUGUCGCCUCCACUUGAGGAAAAUGAAGAACUUUACUCGCACAUGUGUUGCCAGAAGCCAAGAUCACGUUAUUUAGUGGUCUGUAUUUGCUCCAGGGCUCACAAACAUCACCAACUUGCUGGCUGGGAAGAUACUAGAUGUAUUUCUCCCCCCGGCUCAAGGGGGGGCAACGUUGAGGACCUUCAUUUUUAAUCAUUUUAUUCAAUACUUUUGAUAUUCCAACACCUUUUUUUUUGGGGUGAAAUUAACAUUUCUCCCUCAAGAUUUUUUUGUUUUGAGAAGCUUCCAGAGGAGAGCACAACUUGUCAACAUGAGCCGGUGGACGCUCAAGCUGAGAGCACAACUUGUGUUUUUUAUCAUCGGCACCUGCAUUAUAUGCCAGUGUGGACUAAUCAGUGGAGAAAUCUGCCCGAGCAAAGACAUCCGUAACAAUGUGACCAACCUGCAGUCUCUGGAGAACUGCACCAUCAUCGAGGGCCACCUGAAGAUCCUGCUGAUGUUCAAUACCAAGACGGAGGACUUCCGGGGCCUCAGCUACCCGAAGCUGCGCGUGGUGACGGACUACGUGCUGAUGUUCCGGGUCUACGGCCUGGAGACCCUCGGAGAGCUCUUCCCCAACCUCACGGUGGUCCGGGGGAACAGCCUCUUCUUCAACUACGCCCUGGUGGUGUACGAGAUGCUGCAGCUGAAGGAGGUGGGUUUGCACAGCCUCAUGAACAUCACGCGGGGUGCCGUGCGGAUCGAGAAGAACCCCGACCUCUGCUACCUGGCCACGCUGGACUGGGCCAAGAUCUCCGACUCGGUGGAGGACAACUACAUCGUGGCCAACAAGAACGACAGGGAGUGCGGAGACGUUUGUCCCGGCACCGCCCAGGGCCAGACGGUCUGCCAGCAGAACACCAUCAACGGACACUUCAGGGGCCGCUGCUGGUCCCAGAACCACUGCCAGAGAAUGUGCCUGGACAACUGUAAGCACAGUGCGUGCAGCCUGCAGGGUCAGUGCUGCCACGACCAGUGCCUGGGGGGCUGCUCGGAGCCGGGGAACUCCAGCUCCUGCGUGUCCUGCCGGAACCUGCAGCACGGGAACACCUGCGUGGACAAGUGUCCCGCCGGGUUCUACGUGUUCCGGGGCUGGCGCUGCAUCAGCUUCUCCUUCUGCCAGGAGCUCCACAACCAGUGUACUCAGAGUAAGAAGUUGAACCAGGACCGAGAGCAGGGCUGCCACGAGUAUGUCAUCCACAACGGAGCCUGCAUCCCCGAGUGUCCCUCGGGAUACACCACCAUCAACUCCACUACGCUGACCUGUUCCCCGUGUGCCGGCCUCUGUCCCAAACUGUGUGUAGGGAAUAAGACCAUCGACUCGGUGAUGUCCGCCCAGGCUCUGAGAGGAUGCACCGUUCUCCACGGCAACAUGAUCAUCAAGAUCAGAGGAGGAAAUAACAUCGCUGCGGAGCUGGAGGCGAGUCUGGGUCAGCUGGAGGUGAUCACGGGCUUCCUGACGGUCCGCAGAGCCUACGCCCUCGUCUCCCUCUCCUUCCUCCGAAAAUUACGCAUCAUCAGGGGAGAGCAUCUGGAGGGAGAUGUGUUUGCCUUCUACGCUCUGGAUAACCAGAACCUCAGGGAGCUCUGGGAUUGGUCCAAACACAACCUGACCAUCCGGCGCGGCCGCACCUUCUUCCACUACAACUCCAAACUCUGCAUGUCGGAGAUCAGGAAGAUGGAGGAGGUGACGGGAACCAAGGAGAGGAACCAGAAGAGCGACAUCGCUGUGAGGAACAACGGGGACCAGGCCUCCUGUGAGACCAAGCUGCUGAAGUUCACCGUGAUGAAGACCACCUCCAACAUGAUCAUGCUGAAGUGGGAGCCCUUCUGGCCGUUAGACUUCAGAGACCUGCUGGGAUUCAUGGUUCUCUACAAGGAGGCGCCGUACAGGAACGUGACGGAGUUCGACGGGCAGGAUGCGUGCGGCUCCAACAGCUGGGCGAUUGCAGACGUGGACCCUCCGGCCCGCUCCACGGACGGGAAGAAGGCGGACGACCCGGGUCACCUGAUCCGCCCGCUGAAGCCCUGGACCCAGUACGCCAUCAUGGUGAAGACCCAGCUGUCCGCCUCCGACGAGCACGAGGUGCAGGGAGCCAAGAGCAAGAUCAUCUACGUCCGCACCAACGCCACCAAGCCCUCUGUUCCUCUGGACCCCAUCUCCUCCUCCAACUCCUCCUCUCAGAUCAUCCUGAAGUGGAAGCCCCCCACCAGCCCCAACGGGAACAUCACCCACUACCGGGUCAUCUGCCGCAAGCAGAGCGAGGACCGAGACCUGUACAAGUUCGACUACUGCCUGCAAGGGAUGAAGCUGCCGUCCCGUACCCCCACCCACCUGGACAGCGAGGACGAGCAGAAGUGGAACCACACGGACGAACCCAGCUCGGGGGGGCGGUGCUGCGCCUGCCCCAAGACUGACAACCAGCUGAAGAAGGAGCAGGAGGAGAUCGAGUACCGCAAGACCUUCGAAAACUACCUGCACAACGAAGUGUUCGACAGCAGAUCUUCCCGCCGCAGACGCUCAGUGGGCGUCGCCAACGCCACGCUUCCUAAUUUCUUCCUGACCACAGUUCCAGGUCUGCAGUUCGGCUCCACCACAGCCAGCCCUGAAGACGAAGACGAAGACGAGGAGGGGUCCAAGGUGGAGCUGAAGGUGUUCUCCAAGGAGUCCACGGUGAUCUCCAACCUGCACCACUUCACCAGCUAUAAGAUCGAGAUCAUGGCCUGCAAUCACCCGACCGAGAUAAAGCGCUGCAGCAUGGCCACCUACGUCAGCGCCCGCACCAUGCCCGAGGUGAAAGCAGACGAGAUCCCGGGCGAGGUGACCCAUGAGAUCGUGAACACCGAGCCCCCCUACGUGAUGAUCAAAUGGGAACCGCCCCGCUCCCCAAACGGCCUCAUCAUCCUGUACGAGGUUUUCUACAGGAAGGUCGGAGAAUCGGAGGACCACACAGGCUGUGUUUCUCGGCCGGCCUACAUGAAGUCCGGCGGGACGAAGCUGUCUCUGGUUCAGCCGGGGAACUACAGCGUGAGGGUCCGCGCCACCUCGCUGGCAGGGAACGGGUCCUUCACUAAGACCACCUACUUCUUCAUGCCCAACCCGGAUCAAGGUCUGAUCUGGAUCGUGAUGGGUCCGGUGAUCUGCUUCAUCCUGCUGCUGUUUGUGGGAGGGGGAGUCUUAGUGAUCUUCAAGAAGAGACAAACCGAAGGACCGACCGGACCUCUGAUCGCCUCGUCAAACCCCGAGUACAUCAGCACCACCGACGUGUAUGUCCCCGAUGAGUGGGAGGUUCCCCGGGAUAAGAUCUUGGUGAUGCGGGAGCUGGGGCAGGGCUCCUUCGGGAUGGUGUACGAGGGUCUCGCUAAGGACAUCAUCAAAGGAGACCCCGACACACGCGUCGCUGUGAAGACGGUCAACGAGUCGGCCAGCCUGAGGGAGAGGAUCGAGUUCCUGAACGAGGCGUCCGUCAUGAAGGCCUUCAGCUGCCACCACGUGGUGCGUUUGUUAGGCGUGGUUUCCAAAGGGCAGCCCACCCUGGUGGUGAUGGAGCUGAUGACCCACGGAGACCUGAAGAGUUACCUGAGGGCGCUGAGACCCGACUCUGAGCACAACCCCACCGGCCGCUCCCCCCCCAUCCUGAAGGAGAUGAUCCAGAUGGCCGCAGAGAUCGCAGACGGGAUGGCUUACCUCAACGCCAAGAAGUUUGUCCACAGAGACCUGGCAGCCAGGAACUGCAUGGUGGGCGAGGACUUCACCGUCAAGAUCGGAGACUUUGGUAUGACCCGAGACAUUUAUGAGACGGACUACUACCGUAAAGGCGGGAAGGGUCUACUUCCUGUCAGGUGGAUGGCUCCGGAGUCUCUGAAGGACGGAGUGUUCACCGCCCACUCAGACUGCUGGUCCUUUGGUGUGGUGAUGUGGGAGAUCAGCACCCUGGCGGAGCAGCCGUACCAGGGUCUGUCCAACGAGCAGGUGCUGAAGUUCGUGAUGGACGGAGGAUACCUGGACCGACCCGACAACUGCCCCGAGAGGAUGCACAGCUUGAUGCAGAUGUGCUGGCAGUACAACCCGAAGAUGCGCCCUCUGUUCCAGGACAUCAUCGAGAUGCUGCGGGAGGAGCUGCACCCGUCCUUCCACGAUCUCUCCUUCUUCUACAGCGAGGAGAACAAAGUCCCGGAGGCCGAGGAUUACGACCUGGACCUGGACAACAUGGAGAGCAUCCCCCUGGACCCCUGCUCCUACUCCCAGAGAGAGGACUUGAGCAGGGACUCGGGGCCCUCGGUGGCCCUCAGGGGGAACUAUGAGGAGCACGUCCCCUACACACACAUGAACGGGGGCAAGAAAAACGGACGAAUCUUAUCGCUGCCCAGAUCCAGCCCUUCCUAACAUUUCCUGUUUCCAUAAAAAACUGUUUAACCUCCCUUUCUCUUUCACACUGGAAACAAAACAAACUGAACCGUUGAGUUAAAUUAAACGUAUUAUGUCAACAGAUUUCACACCACUGUAUUAUGAAAGCAAUAAUAUUAAAGGUCCCCUAUUAUACUGUUUUUCAUCAAUAUAUCACAG